AUGACAUCUAAAUUCACCUAUAUCUAUUUCCGCAUCUCCAAGACCGAAGGAGUGGCAUUGUCUGCCCAGAAGUACCGAAAACUGCGCCUGAACGCCCUCAAAUCCUCCCCUGCUUCAUUCUCCUCCACAUACGAACUCGAAGCAGCCUAUACAGAAGCCGACUGGGUCAAUCUUUUGACUAUCCCAGGCCGCGAGGUGUUUAUCUGCGCCGCCACAUCACAAAAUGCUGAUCAGCCAUGGUUGAAUGAUGUUAAAUGGGUCGGCCAAGUCAGCAUCCGGGGCCCAUUAUCACCGGCCGAUUUUACUCUUCCCGCGGAAUCGGGCCAGCCGGCCCCCAAGUGGGAUACGGAGGAAGAAAGAUGGCAAAUGCUAAGCCUGUUCACGCUGUCCGAAUAUCGGGGCCAAGGUCUGGGGAAGAAAUUGUGUCAAGAAGCGCUCGAUUAUUUGCAAUUCUAUCGUCCCCAGCCGUCUGUCGUCCAGGUACGACUUAUGGUGAAGCCCAGUAAUCACGCGGCGGUGAAGUUAUAUGAGGGUAUUGGGUUCCUUCUGGUAGGAAGGUGUGCACUGAAAGAAGCGUUCCUUGCCAACGGCGAUGCUCAUCUACUACCCGCGGAUACGAGCACGCCGAAGUUUUCAGAACGAUCAGGUUUUAUCAUGAUGUAUCGCAUAUCCCGUGAAUAG